ACCUCUUUUUCCUUCUUUAUUGUGGGCAUAAAAAGUCCAUUAUCGGCAACACGGAAGACACAAGUCGACAUCUGAAAAUAAAACGUCUUCGGAAAAGGACAACACGGCAGCCCUUUUCUCCUAUUGCCAAUGUACAGGAAAUGGCAGCCGCUCUACCCGACCGCAAGAUUGUUAUUGGACAAAAAAUAGUCAGAAAGACGAAUGCCUAUGAUGAAGAAUAUGAAGAGUCAAAAGAUUUUCUUUCUCUUGCCAAAUUCAAACAGACGACAUCUUCCAUGGGAUCAGAAGAUUUUCCUUCCCUCCCUCCGACACAAAAAAAAACUGCUCCCGGAAAAAAGGAAAAUACAACUUCCUUCCCCCAGCAGUACAAUGUUGCUAUCCAAUCCACAAAGAAGAUGACUCCUUUGUCUUCGGAAAAUUUCUCUCUACCAAAUCUCCACUAUAAUAUCCAAAACCGACCUGGAAAGAUAACGCAAUCAGCUUCUCACGGUCCACCUAACAAGAAAAAAGGACAGAAAAUUUUUGAAAUUGUCCGUAACCUAGUUGGACGUGAUGAAUAUGUAUACGGUUAUUGGCAAUGUCAUAAAUGCAAAUUCGAAUGGACAGAAUUGUAUAAUCAGCCAUCUCUUCAAAAGUGUUUAAAGCAAACCCAAGAAAAUUUGUACACCAAUUUCAACAAAGUUUGCCAAGAUUGCCGCAAAAACAGUUUUAUAACGAGUUUCCGCUUGCAUACGCAUUCACUAUCGGUAAAUUCUCGUAUCGUUCCCAUCACCGAGAUCAUUGUUCACCUACAAUGGGAAAAAUAUUAUCGGGUGUUUGGCGAAUGGGAAUGCCCCGAGUGUCAAAGGGAGUGGCAAAGCGCUUAUACUUGGAUAUCGCUCCAAAGGUUUAUCAAGAAAAUUCCAGGACACCAGUUGACUCCAGAAAAUUAUUGCAUGCAAGCGUGCAAGAACAACCAAUGCAAGAAAGACUCUAAAAGCAACAUUAUAUUCUAUAAACCGCUGGACAUGGGGGAGGGCUCUGAACAUAAAAGAAAAUUAUGUGCAAAGUGUCUGAGUGGUGACUUUUGUGUUGAAAGUGGUUACUACUUGGGCUACGAGAAAUAA